GCCAGCUGCCAGGAGUGUCUUUUUCCUGCACAUACAAAAUCCCUCUCCGACUGCACGCAUCUGUCUAUCUGCCGGGGCCAUGUAAGACAUCGGCGAGAAAUGCGCAAACUCCGAGAUGGAUUAAUCAGCUGUAAUAUACAAAUGCAGUCGCAAUAGGCCAAGGCUGUUGAAUGCAGACGCAAUCUGCGGGGGAGCAUCGGUGCCUUGGUGGGCUAGUCUCGGAGUUAAAAUACAAAAUGCAAUACUAAAUUUAUAUAGCAUCCGGCUCUGCCGCUCGUGCAGCACCGUUUUCUUUUUCAUCACUGCCAUCAACAACUCAAUCCACCAUCAAAAUCAUCAUCAGCAGCAUCUGCUAUGAAGUGGUCUACCUUUUCAUCGGUCCUUGCGGCUGUCGCCAGCAUCUCGCCUGCUGUUGCUACCUGCCCUGUGGCUGAUGUCUCUAUUGUCCGCCAUGAGGGCGAGUCCAUCGGCUCAGUGCACAGGGUCGACAACUUCGACCUGUACACCAGCGAUCCUGACGAGUGCGGGCUGGAGCAAAAGUACGACACUGCCGUGCUGUAUCUCACUGACGUCUUCGGCAUUCAGCUCCCACAAAACAGACUCCUCGCUGACAGCUUCGCCCGUGCUGGUUACCUGACUGUUGCGCCCGACUUGUUUGACGGCAAGCCCGCUCCUGAGGAUCUCAACACUCCUGGCUUUAACUUGACCGAGUUCUUGGCCAAGUAUGGCCCGCAGCACGCGGAUCCCAUCAUUGAAAAGACAAUCAAGUACUUGCGUGAGGAGCUAGGUGUCGAGAAGAUUGCCACUACGGGUUACUGCUACGGCGGCAAAUACGCCUUGCGCUUCCUCGCACCAGGUCGCGGUGCCGAUCUCGCCUUUGCUGCCCACCCAAGUCUCCUGGAGGACGUUGAAAUUGCCAACGUUACUGGCCCUGUCAGCAUUGCUGCUGCCGAAACGGACUCCAUAUUGCCACCUGCUCGUCGUGCCGAGAUUGAGGCGUUGCUUAAAAAGACCAAGAAGACGUACCAGGUGUCUUUGUACAGUGGAACCCAACAUGGAUUCGGAGUCCGCGCCAACGUGUCUGACCCUGUCCAGAAAUUCGGUAAGGAGACAGCCUUCCUGCAGGCCGUACGCUGGUUUGAGGCCUGGUCCAACUAAGGAGUGCGUCCGCCGUAACGGACUCUGUUUCGAUAGUCAGUUAUAAUAUAUUCGGUUUACGCAAUAAAACGGGCUCUAUCAUUAGCCUCUAUGUUUUCAUUUGUCAAACAAGGCUGAGUGGCUUGCUCGCCGAAUGACUACU